AUGCCGGAACCUGGGAAGAAGCCAGUCUCAGCCUUCAGCAAGAAGCCACGGUCAGCGGAGGUGGUUGCAGGCAGCUCUGCUGUGUUCGAGGCGGAGACAGAGCGAGCAGGAGUGAAAGUGCGCUGGCAGAGGGAGGGCAGCGACAUCGGCCCCAGUGGCAAGUACAGCCUGGAGACCGAGGGCAGACGGCACACACUGACGGUGCAGGACGUGGGCCCCGCAGACCAGGGGUCCUACGCAGUCAUCGCUGGUUCCUCCAAGGUCAAGUUUGACCUGAAAGUCAGAGAGGCAGAGAAGAUAGAACCAGCCCCUGCUUCUGCUGAAGCUCCAGAAGCCCCCGGAACCUCAGUCCCAGCCUCUGAGCUGGAAGGAAGCUCCCCACGUCCGGAAGGGUCAAACUCAGAAGUCCCGAAUGGCCCUGCCCCUGGGUCUUCUGGAGUUCCCGAUGACCCCAUCGGUCUUUUUGUGACGCGGCCGCAGGAUGGCGAGGUGACUGUGGGCAGCAGCAUCUCCUUCUCUGCCCGUGUGGCUGGGGCCAGCCUCCUGAAGCCACCUGUGGUCAAGUGGUUCAAGGGCAAGUGGGUGGAUCUGAGCAGCAAGGUGGGCCAGCACCUGCAGCUCCAUGACAGCUACGACCGAGCCAGCAAGGUCUACCUGUUUGAGCUGCACAUCACUGACGCCCAGGCCGCCUCUGCAGGUGGCUACCGCUGCGAGGUGUCCACCAAGGACAAGUUUGACAGCUGCAACUUCAACCUCACUGUCCAUGAGGCCAUUGGCACUGGAGACCUGGACCUCCGAUCAGCUUUCCGUCGCUCGAGCCUGACUGGAGGUGGUCGGCGGAUCAGUGACGGUCAUGAGGAUGCUGGGACUCUGGACUUCAGCUCCCUGCUAAAGAAGAGCAGCAGCUUCCGUAUUCCCCGGGACACGAAGUUGGAGGCAGCAGCUGAGGAGGAUGUGUGGGAGAUUCUGCGGCAGGCACCUCCAUCCGAGUAUGAGCGCAUCGCCUUCCAGCAUGGGGUCACAGACCUGCGUGGCAUGCUCAAGAGGCUGAAGGGCAUGAAGCAGGAUGAGAAGAAGAGCACAGCCUUUCAGAAGAAGCUGGAGCCAGCCUACCAGGUGAGCAAGGGCCACAAGAUCCGGCUGGCUGUGGAACUGGCGGACCCUGACGCUGAGGUCAAGUGGCUUAAGAAUGGACAAGAGAUCCAGAUGAGUGGCAGCAAGUACAUCUUCGAGUCCAUAGGUAACAAGCGCACACUGACCAUCAGUCAGUGCUCUCUGGCGGACGACGCGGCCUACCAGUGUGUGGUGGGUGGUGAGAAGUGCAGCACAGAGCUGUUUGUCAAAGAGCCCCCGGUCCUGAUCACACGCCCCCUGGAGGACCAGCUGGUGAUGGUGGGACAGCGGGUAGAGUUUGAGUGUGAGGUGUCUGAAGAGGGGGCCCAGGUCAAGUGGCUGAAGGAUGGGGUGGAGCUGACCCGAGAGGAGACCUUCAAAUACCGGUUCAAGAAGGACGGGCAGAGGCAUCACCUGAUCAUUAACGAGGCGACUCUGGAAGAUGCUGGGCAUUACGCACUGCACACCAGCGGAGGCCAGGCGCUGGCUGAGCUCAUUGUACAGGAGAAGAAGUUGGAAGUGUACCAAAGCAUCGCAGACUUGACAGUGGGUGCAAAGGACCAGGCCGUGUUCAAGUGUGAGGUGUCAGAUGAGAAUGUGCGGGGCGUGUGGCUGAAGAACGGGAAGGAGCUAGUGCCCGACAGUCGUAUCAAGGUGUCCCACAUCGGUCGGGUCCACAAGUUGACCAUUGACGACGUCACGCCUCCAGACGAAGCUGACUACAGUUUUGUGCCCGAGGGCUUUGCCUGUAACCUGUCAGCCAAGCUCCACUUCAUGGAGGUCAAGAUUGACUUCGUGCCCAGGCAGGAACCCCCCAAGAUCCACCUGGACUGCCCAGGCCGUAUGCCAGAUACCAUCAUUGUUGUGGCUGGGAACAAGCUUCGUCUGGAUGUACCUAUCUCUGGGGACCCUGCUCCCACUGUGAUCUGGCAGAAGACCACACAGGAGAGUAAAGUCCCAGCAGGACCGGAGGAGGCAGGGGCCGAUGAAGAGUGGGUGUUCGACAAGAAGGUGCUGUGUGAGACUGAGGGCCGUGUCCGAGUGGAGACCACCAAGGACCGCAGCAUCUUCACCCUCGAAGGAGCCGAGAAGGAAGACGAGGGUGUCUAUGUUGUCACAGUGAAGAACCCUGUGGGCGAGGACCAGGUCAACCUCACCGUCAAGGUCAUCGACGUGCCCGAUGCCCCUGCCGCCCCCAAGAUCAGUAAUGUGGGCGAGGACUCCUGCACCGUGCAGUGGGAGCCACCUGCCUACGACGGUGGGCAGCCUGUCUUGGGCUACAUCCUGGAACGCAAGAAGAAGAAGAGUUACCGGUGGAUGCGGCUGAACUUUGACCUGCUGCGGGAUUUGACGCACGAGGCCCGGCGCAUGAUCGAAGGCGUGGUGUACGAGAUGCGGGUCUACGCUGUCAAUGCUAUUGGCAUGUCCAGACCCAGCCCCGCCUCCAAGCCCUUCAUGCCCAUUGCCCCACCCAGCGAGCCCACCCACCUGGCUGUGGAGGACAUCUCUGAUACCACGGUCUCCCUCAAGUGGCGGCCCCCAGAGCGCGUGGGAGCGGGAGGCCUGGAUGGCUACAGUGUGGAAUACUGCCAGGAGGGCUGCUCAGAGUGGGUGGUUGCCCAGCAGGGGCUGACCGAGCGCACAUCCAUGCUGGUGAAGGACCUGCCCACUGGGGCAAGGCUGUUCUUCCGUGUGCGGGCUCACAAUGUGGCUGGGCCUGGGGGCCCCAUCACCACCAAGGAGCCUGUGACCGUGCAGGAGAUACUCCAGCGGCCACGGAUCCAGUUACCCAGGCAUCUGCGUCAGACCAUCCAGAGAAAAGUCGGGGAGCCAGUGAACCUGCUCAUUCCUUUCCAGGGCAAGCCCCGGCCUCUGGUCACCUGGACCAAAGACGGGCAACCGCUGGCCAGCGAGGAGGUGAGCAUUCGCAACAGCCCCACGGACACCAUCCUGUUCAUCCGGGCCGCCCGCCGAGCACAUUCGGGCACCUACCAGGUGAUGGUGCGCAUCGAGAACAUGGAGGACAAGGCCACGCUGGUGCUGCAGAUCGUGGACAAGCCGAGUCCUCCCCAGGACAUCCGGGUCACGGAGGCAUGGGGCUUCAAUGUGGCUCUGGAGUGGAAGCCACCCAAAGAUGAUGGCAACACGGAGAUCUGGGGUUACACGGUGCAGAAAGCCGACAAGAAGACCAUGGAGUGGUUCACGGUCCUGGAGCACUACCGCCGCACUCACUGCGUGGUGUCCGAGCUCAUCAUCGGCAAUGGCUACUACUUCCGGGUCAUCAGCCACAACAUGGUGGGGCCCAGUGACACAGCCGCCACCACCAAGGAACCGGUCUUCAUCCCCAGACCAGGUAUCACGUACCAGCCACCCAUCUACAAGGCCCUGGACUUCUCCGAGGCCCCAAGCUUCACCCGCCCCCUGGUGAACCGCUCUGUCAUCGCUGGCUACAACGCUGUCCUCUGCUGUGCUGUCCGGGGUAGCCCCAAGCCCAAGAUAUCUUGGCUCAAGAAUGGCCUGGACCUGGGCGAGGACGCCCGCUUCCGCAUGUUCUGCAAGCAAGGCGUGUUGACCCUGGAGAUCCGCAAGCCCUGUCCCUUUGAUGGAGGUGUCUACGUCUGCAGAGCCACCAACUUACAAGGCGAGGCACAGUGUGAGUGCCGCCUGGAGGUGCGAGGUGAGGAAGCCCUGGGCCCCGGCCUUGAGAGGUGCCCCAGUGAUCAGGCUGGCUCCUUGCCCAGUGAUGGCUAG